UUUUAUUGCGCGAAUUUUCAAAAAAUUGUGUCUAUCGAUCAUUUGGACACGUGAUCAUAUAUCGAUAGUUAUAUUUUACGAUGAAAAAUUUAUUUUUGUUAUUAUUCCGUUUAUUCUUUUAUCAUUAUUUUGUUUCUUAUUGAUUAUAUUAUUGAUUUUACAAAAUUGUUGAUUUAUAUGAAAUUCUAUUAUGAAAUCGAUAUGAAGGAAAAGUGAAGAUUCGGUCAUCACUCAAAUAGGCUUGUAUAACAUUUUUAAUUAUUUUAUAAUUAAUAUUUAAAUUGACAUUUAAAUUAAUAAUUGCUCGUUUAAGCAUUACAUAGGUUAUAACACGUUAAAUAUAAAAUAAUUUUCACGUAAUAUUUCGAAGUACAUAAAUCGCAAAGUUUACUUAAAUAAUAUAAAACUUUCGAUUGCUUUAAAUCCAUCUAAAUAAACUACGAAGAACACGGAGUAUAAUAAACUAAUAUUUAAACAAUAAUCUAUUUAUUUAAACAUGCUCAUUAUUUUAUAUAAAUUAUUUUAUUUUUCUCUUUUCCUUUUCUGUUUCAAUUUUUUUUUACUGCGUGUAAAAAAAUUUUUAUACACGUACUAACGACGUACUCUCUUUCCAUAACCUUAUUAACUGGAUUAAUGUUGAAUUGUAUGUUUUAUUUAUUUAUUUAUUUUUUUUUUGUUUUUCUUAUAAAUUCUUAUUUAUUCUUAUAUAUGUUCAAAAAUACAUUGUGUCAGAAAUAUAUACGCAUUUUCCUUAUUAGAAUCGUACGCAUAUAUAACAUUGCGAACAAGUUGUAUAGAAUAAAGCAUUAAGCUUCUUUGCGUGUAUGAAGAAUAUAGUGUAUCACAGAGUAUUAUUUUACACCAUACGUCAAACUAGUAAUUACACACUUGAGAAAAUAAUACGAGUAUAUUUUAAGCCAGUUAGAUGCGUUAGAUGCUUUCAUAACUGGUUCGAUGGAUAUGAGGUUAUGUUAAAUGAAAUUGUAUUUUAUUGUAUGACAAUUGGAGUAUAUUGAAUUUUGCUUAAUGGGGAAGAUAAGAAGUUUAUCUGGUGAUGUAGGUGUUGGUAUUCUUUUAUUGGCCUUAUUUUGUAUUAGCAUAGCAUUUGGUACAUCGGCAUGGUUGAUCAGUGAUCCUAGAAUGAUAGGUGCUCAAUUUGCUAAACUGGGUCUUUGGACGCAUUGCUUUAGAUCUUUACCAAGCCCAUAUGAAUCUGAUGCACCUACACAAUUUUUUGUAGGUUGUAGAUGGGUUUAUGAUCCAUUUACUAAGGGAUACGAUAAUAUACGAGGCUUUUUAAUGCCACCUUUUAUGAUAGCUACUCAAUUUUUUUUCACAAUAUGUUUUCUACUUGUUCUAAUAUCAUUUGGAUUAAUGCUGCUGUUGGUAUUAUGCUGUGGUCCAGAGGAAAAAAGAUAUAUCUUACUUAUUAAAAUUAUUAGUUAUUUAUUAUUGACAAGUGGUCUGCAUGGUUCUAUAGCCGUCAUCAUAUUUGCAUGUUGUGGAAAUAAGGAUGGUUGGAUGCCAGGUCAUGAAAAUAAUUAUUUCGGAUGGUCUUUUGCAAUGGCUGUAGUUGGCACUACCUUAGCUCUUAUAGGAGGUAUACUGUUCCUUAUCGAAGCAAAUAUACAGAACAAAAAGCGUAAAUAUCUAAAAGAAUCUCAAACGCGAUUUCAAUUAGAAUCAAAUACAUAGAGUUUGCAUUUAUGCUGGAACAUUGCACAAUAUUCCUUUGGAAGAGCUUUAUUAUUUUAGUGAAAAGAGUCAAUAUAUUUAGUUAUAUAUAAAAUAAUUAAUGCCGUCCUUUCUUAAAUAGAAAACAAAACUUUAAAGAAAAAUUAGUUUUUUUAUAGUUAUUUUUAAGAUAUAUGAAAUAUAUAAUUAUAUAUAUAUUAAAACUACGCUUUUUAUAUCGACUAUAUAUUUGUCUUUGUGAUUGUCCUAAUAUUUCAUAUGUAUCUUUUCAUCAGAGUAUAUGUAUAUA